AUGCUUUCCUUUUUGACACUGGCCUACAUUUUACCUUAUUUAUUCUUUUUCUCUUUUUUAUCAUUUCUGAAUGUAUCUCUAGCUUCUCCAGUCCCAUUGGAUGAUGCAUUUUCAUAUACUAACUGUCCGAAUGGCCAAGAAAGAGUUUUUAAUCUUACGAUUAGUAGAAAAUUUUUCGCUCCUGAUGGUUUUAGCCGAGAUAUGUUUUUAAUAAAUGACCAAUUUCCUGGUCCUCUUAUUAAUGUCACUAAAGGUGACACGGUAGUGUUGAAUGUUAAAAAUGAUCUUGAUGAAGAUACUACAAUUCAUUCUCAUGGAAUGUUCCAACGCGGAACUCCUUGGUAUGACGGUGUCCCUGGACAAACUCAAUGUGGAAUUCCAGCUGGUCAGACAUUCUCCUAUAGAUUUCAAGUCUGUCAAAGCGGUACCUACUGGUAUCACUCACAUUCAAGAGCUCAAUAUAUUGAAGGAAUUGUUGGUGGCCUUGUAAUUAAUGAUCCGGAGGAUCCUUAUAUUAACCAAUACGAUGAAGAAUAUGUCGUACUAAUACAAGACUGGUAUCACACCGAUUCUAAAAUUUUAGUACGUAAAUUCUUAACUCCCGAAAGUCAAGGAAAUGAACCAUCUCCUGAUAAUGGAUUAAUUAAUGGAAAGAAUUCUUUUAACUGUUCAUCGGCAUCACCAGGUAGUGAUUGUUAUAGUGAUACUCCAUUGGAACAGUUCAAUUUUGUUCAAGGAAAAACAUACAGAUUUAGGGUUAUUAAUACUUCUGCGUUUUCUGCUUUUAUUUUCUCGAUCGAUAAGCAUGAAUUGGAAGUAAUUGAAGUUGAAGGGAUGAUUACUAAACGCCACAAAGUUCAUCGCCUUCCUAUAAAUGUUGCUCAACGUUAUUCAGUCAUUGUGAAGGCAGAUAAGCCGAUUGCUUCGUAUUUUAUGAGAGCCGAGAUGGAAACUUCUUGUUUUGCUGUCGUAUCACCCACUCUGAAUCCUAUGGUAAAAGCUAUCGUUACUUAUGAAAAAAGUAGUAACCAAACUCUAUCUGAAAAUCCUUGGAGUGACAUUGUUACUGAAUGUGUAGAUUUGAAUCCUAAUGAACUAGUUCCUUACCAUCCACAACAAGUUCCUGAUGCUGAUUAUAAUAUAAAUGUAAUUGUUAGUUUCCGACCGGACGAUAAGAAUGUUACAUUGGCAUUUAUAAACAAUUCAACUUAUGUGAUAGACUUAAAAUAUCCUACACUUAAAAAAGUUUUUGAUGGCAUGAAUCAUUUUGUUCCUAAUCAAAAUGUUUUCUUAAUUGAAAAAAACAAAGUUGUUGUAGAUAUUAUUUUAAUAAACACGGACGGUGGUGAACAUCCAUUCCACUUUCAUGGUCAUGUAUUCUGGGUACUUGGAUCCGGAAAUGGCACUAAGCCAAAUUAUAAAAACCUUAAUACCAAAAAUCCAAUACAACGUGAUACUGCGACCGUUCCUGCUAAUGGAUGGACCAUUCUCCGAUUUGUAUCAAAUAAUCCUGGUACAUGGGGAUUCCAUUGUCAUAUUGAGUGGCAUGUCGAAUCAGGUUUAGUCGCACAAUUCGUUACGCAACCAGAUCUAAUUAGGAAAUUAAGCCCACCUGCUGAUUGGAAUGCAUUAUGUUCAAAGCCAAAUAAUUGA